AUGAAUGAUUCCAUUUCUACUCGUUGCGCUAAACUCAAUCAGAUUUUUGCUGGUAAAACUGUCGGUCGCAAGAGCUCGCCGAAUGGCGCCGGCUUUACUCGAGAGGCUUUGCUGGAUGCAUUUCUUUUACUGUUCGAAGAAUGCAGCUCUGAAUUUAUGCUCAAGGACAAGAACAUAUCUGGAUUUGUGAAGAAAUGUAAGUAUAAAGAGCUUUAUUGGUCACAGAAAUCACUUUAUUUCUACCACAUGCAUGGUUCGAGGCAAGGUAGCUCAAGGUCAGUCGAUUAUAAAUUUGGUCUGCUGAUCGACUUCGCUAGCUUGACACGAUCUCGAUGCCAGUGAUGAUCAAUAAAAUAAGCCUUACUUAACAAUUUUUUUUAUAUUUUCCUAAUCACACAGACCAACCUGUGGUUGAUGAUCUUCGAAAACUUUGUUUAAGCAAAGACGAUUUCAAUGUUCUUAACACCAUUGGCAGAGGACAUUUCGGACAGGUACCCUGUAAUAAAGGUCUCAGUAAGCUUUUAGCACGUCAGACGUUAAGUAAUGUAAAAAGUCUACCUUAUUUUUUAACUUUUUGGGUUAUUCUUAUGUAUAAUUAGACGUAUUUGAGUUUAAUGAUGCUUCACUGCAUACCUGCCAAGAAACUAACGGAAUAAAAUACCAGAAAUGUUUUGGUUAUUUGCAUCUUCUAUUUUUAGGUCUAACAUUCCAUGUGCAAUAUACAAUGUACAUUUCAGGUGUAUAGCAGUAUAAUAUUACUUUUUCUUAUUUUGGGCAACAGAAAAGGCAAAUAAACAAAAUUAUCAGUAAUGACGGUUCAUUCUGAUCUGAAUGCAUGGUUUUAAGUUAAUUUUUUUAAACUUAAAAUUAGAAAAAGGAAAAAAUUUACUUCACCCCCCUUUAUUAUUGUUGUGGUAAUAUUUUAGGCCAGAGUACAAACUUUCAUCACCUAUUUUACAGGUUCAAGUUGUCAAAGACAAACAAAGUGGUGAUGUAUUUGCUAUGAAGACAUUGAACAAGACCCAAACUUUAGCUCAAGAAAGUGUAAGUACAGAGUGGAGACAUUUUUAACUACUUAAUUGUGGCAAGAUUAGCUAAGAGGGUAACCCGGGAUUCCAGUUAAUUCUUUCAAGGGGUGAUGGGGGGGGGGGUCAUAUAGACCAUCUGAGGGGUCACCAAGACCAUGUGCGAAUUUUUUUUGUUAUAUUUAAGUUAACACUUAUAUGUCAUCAGUCUGGUCAGGAAGCCUUCUUUGGUGGGUCAUUGACCCAAGACCCAUCUCUUAUCUGGAACACUGGUUGUCUGCAGAGUGGGAUGGUGUGGGGCUGGUUCCCAUGACUGGAAAAAUACUCAGACAGAGUCUGAGACUGUUUGUAGGGACACGGGGGAAAAAAAGGCAUUAGCUGACCGGCACAUUCCCAGAAACAAUAUCAUGAGACACAUAUUGGCGCGAGUUCCCUUCACGUUUCUGAAGUGCAAAUGGACAUCUCUGUAAUGGAAAGAUUUGUAGAGGAGUUUGACUGUAGAUGUAUGUGUAACCUUCAAACGGGGGUGUACGGUUGAGAGCUGAAAUAUGGAGGGAUUGCAUGAACAACGAUUUAUCCUCUAAAAAGUGUAAAAAUUAACAAUUUCAAUGACUAAGGCUAACUUGUUUAAAGUUGGGCAAAAUUUGAAAGUCACUGACUGUAUUUUUGCCAAUUUAUUUUUAUUUUUUUUUGUCCACUAUUAGGUUGCAUUCUAUGAUGAAGAAAGAGAAAUAAUGGCAUUGUGCAACUCUCCCUGGAUAACAGCACUCCAGUAUGCCUUUCAAGAUGCCCAUAAUCUUUAUCUUGUAAUGGACUACCACCCUGGUGGUGACUUGUUGUCGUUACUUAGCAAGUAUGAUGAUGUGUUGGAAGAGGAAGUUGCAAGGUUUUAUCUGGCAGAGAUGGUGAUGGCUAUUCACAGCCUGCAUAUGCUUGGUUAUGUUCAUAGGUAAGACAUAAGCUGCCUUAUUACUAUUGAGCCUGCGUAGCACGUGUUUCUGCGCAGUUUCGGAGCAAAGAAAGACCGAGAAAUGGGAAAUGGCCGCAUGAAAAAAAGAUCGAGAGCCAUUUUUCAGACAAGCUUUCUUUGUUCCAAAACCACACAGAAAUGCUUGCUAUGCAGGCUUAAUACCAUGUAACUGAUUUAGCUGUAAAUUAAUUAGUUUUUGCUGUGGUUUUCAACAAUGUGUGUCCUAGUGUAUGUCAUGACCUGCCUAGUGUUUUCUCUUUAAUUUUAUCAUCUUUCAUAAUUAGUUAUAACUGAGAAAAUCAAUGGUAGCAGCCGGAGAACUUCAUGAAAUAUGAACAUAGGUAUAUAAUUUCACAUGUGAAAUAGAGCCAUAGUACCCUCUGAGCCUGAGAAAACUGCUGACAUUUCAAGACACCAAUGCUGGUGUUCCUGAGAAUCAAAGUCGGUAGAAUGAGUGAGAAAUUCCAUCUUGAUGAUGUGUCACUUACCCAGGUCUGGGUAGUGCUUCUGAUUGAUUGAAAAUUUGCUUCAACUAAUCAGAGGCACCAGUGACCCAGGUCUUGUUAGUGACACAUCAUCAGGAUGGAAUUUCUGAAUUUAUGUUGGCUGGUUUAAUGUACAACUAGCCAGAUACCUACAGCUGUAUGUCAUUCUGAGUUUAAAGCUUAAGUUAAGUCAAGUAUAAGAUGCUUUUAACAAAAGGUGUGACACAAACUGAGUGAUUAAACUGACUCUUACCUGUGUUGAAAGAAAAAGCAAGACAUCUGAUUGGUAUUUAAAAGCAUAUAUUUCAUGAAUUACAUCUAGCUACUAAAAUCCGGGGACAGAAGUGUAGUGCUACACAUCAAAAGAAUUAAAUGGAAAAAAAUAUUUAGCUUCUCCUGCUCAAUUUCUUUGCAUAUAGUUCCUGGUAACCUUUUAUUGAACUCAAACAUUGUGAUGAUCAUUUUUUCUGAAGGGAUAUCAAACCUGAUAAUGUUCUUGUUGAUCGGACUGGACAUAUUAAACUUGCUGAUUUUGGCUCAUCUGCCAGGCUUGCAGCGGACAAAAAGGUGAGAAACUUUUAACUAGAAAUCCUAUGGUAAUUCUCAAAAUUCAGUGGUUUGGAAUGCAUUACGCAAGUGUUACCACACAAAUAAAGCUAAUUUUAGAUGAAUAAGAGCAAACAUUGAGGGUAUGGGUUUAAUGAAGGGAAGGCUUAAUUUGCAAGGGAACUCUUAGAAUACAGGCUACUCAGGGUUAUCAUAAGUAGCUACAAUCCUGGACAAAACUACUUGAGAAAAUGUUUUCAUUAAUGCGCCCUACCUAACGCAACAAAACUGUUUCCAAAUCAACGGCUUUACGUAAAGAAAACCCCCUCCCCCAGUUCAAAGUUAUAACUUCCUACACAUGCUUAGGGAUCCGGCUUUCUUUUGAAGACCCAACAACACUGUUUCCAGGAGGAGGGGGGAGGGAAGAAUCGGUCGGCUACGAAGUUUAGAAAAAAUGCCCCAUAAGUAUGCAAUUUUCUUAACAGUUUUGUUUCAAGAUUGUAGCCUGAAAAACAGCCAUUUCUCCUCGCUCUGCGCCGCUGGGGACGUUUUGCAAGAAUUGAGGAACGUCUGCGACUCAGCGACAGAAAUUCCAUACUGAUAUGACAUAAAUCAGUGUUUACAUUAGCAUAUUAGCAAGAUUUUGGCUCUCUAUCCCUCCUCCGUAGAAGUUCCUGAUGGGUAUCCCAACAAAAAUAGAUAUAAUAAAAAAAUAGAAAGCAUGCAGGGGAGAGGCCUCUGGGAAGGGAGAGGAGAUUGGUUACAGCAAAUUUGAAUUCAAUUAACAAACACAGAUUAAUUUAACCUCCUACCUGUAUUUCAUCUGCCAAAUUAAGAUUGAAAACAUAUAAUCAAUACAGCUAUGUUUUAUGUUAGGAUGUUAACCCACAUGAUGGUGGACUUGUGUUAAACUUGAAAAAAUACAACUAGUAAUUUAAAGAUUCAUGUGUUUAUUGAAAGCUGCCUGAACAAUCAUGCAUUUGGUGAACUGUACAAUAUUAUAAUUAUUGUUGGUUCUAGGUGCAUAGCAAGAUGCCUGUCGGCACUCCAGAAUACAUAGCCCCCGAAGUACUCACAAGUAUGGAUGGUUCAGGGGGGCCAUAUGGCUUGGAGUGCGACUGGUGGUCCCUAGGAGUGGUCGCUUAUGAAAUGUUGUGUGGACAAACACCCUUUGAAGCUGACUCUGUUGUUAUAACUUACAGCAAGAUUAUGAACUACAAGGUACUUGACAACGUGGAUGUUGUUAGUAAAAAAUAAGACAAAACAGUCUUCAACUAAAAAACUACAUUUGAUACAAUUUGUCCAUUAUGAAGAGGGAUUUUUUGAAAUUACAUGAUUUCUACUAGAAUUUUCUUGCAAUUUCAAGAUUUUCUGAUUCACAGUGAGAUUUGGAGGCUAAACCGUCGAGACCAUGGGCUGACAGCCCAAACCGUUAAGUUGGAAGGUCUGUGAAGGUCCUAAGUUUCUAAUACCUUGUGGGAACCCUUGUCCAGUGAAUAAAGCUAAAUUUCAUGUACAUGUAUACCCUCGUAAAAAAACAAACUAGAUUAUACCACGCUCUAGUCCUUCUAUUGAGCACUCUGCUGAAAGGUGUGUAUAAGUAUCAACUGGUGUAUACCCUCCUAAAUAUACUUUGCCUAAUUUCUAGUGCUUUACUGUUAUUGUAGAGUUCUCUGAAGUUUUCUAAGGAUGUUCAGGUCAGCAAAAAUGCCAAAGAUAUGAUUUUCAAUCUGUGUACUGAGAGUAAAGAUAGGAUGGGUUAUGAAGGACUCACUUGUCACCAGUUCUUCACGGGCACAGACUGGAACAACUUGCAAGAUAGUAAGUGCAAGAAUUUCAUGUAGGUUUGAAAAAAAUGUAAUGAGCAAAUGAAUAAUGAUAGAUCAUACUAGCAGUUAUCAAUUUUAUAAAGUGAGGAAAACAGAAAAAAGUCAGGAAAAUACUCAAACAAUAAUAUUCUGGAACCCUACUGGACACGUCUAACGUUACUGAAAGUCAAAGAUGUUGACGCCUCGUUGAAGAGACUCGCGCCAAAAAAGCUAUUAAACGUUACAGUUUUUGAAAUUAAUGAACAGCAAUGCUUAAUGCUGGCAUUCUUUUUCAUCAACUGAGCAUUUUCGUGUGCUUUUGUAAUUUUCCAAAAACUUCUAGCGACCAGACCAACCUUUAAUGACUGAGCAGAAUAUACAACUUGUAAGGGGAGGGUCUAGGAAGCACAAGGAAACGACUUUCUAUUUUUUUUAAACUUAGAUGCAGUCUUUGAGAAUUCAACCCUAGAAAAAUUUACCAAUAUUAAACAAAUUGAAGGACAUUAAAUGAGAGUGUUGAAUUUUGAAAUAGUAUGAAUACACUUUUUAAGAGACGUUUUCGGCACCGUCGGUAGUAAUUGUUUAAGCUCCCUAUAUGGUCAAAUGAUUGACACUAUAAUUUAUUUUGUUUUAGCUGUACCCCCAUACGUACCUAACCUGGAUGGCGCAGCAGACGUGUCGCAUUUUGACGAGUUCGAGCCCGAAAGCCCUGAUCCAAUUUUUCAUUUGGAGAAGUACAGAUCAGCACACGAAGACAAGGGAUUCACUGGAAAGGACCUUCCUUUCGUAGGUUUCACUUUCUCUCGGAACCUCGCCAUCAAUCUCCCGUUUUCGCCCAGAAAGUAAGUGCUCGUUGAGCAUUAGUGCUCAUACACUCGAACACAUACAUAUAUAAAAAAGUCUAUGCAAAAAAAAAGUUGAGCUUAACCUUUCUUUAUGACUCGCAGUCUUUCAGAGGGACAAUGAUUAUUUUAAUUGGACAAAAUUGAGUAGGGUCGCCUUUUUUUGCUGGGUAGUGUCAGAUCAGUGUUCUUACGAAAGAUUUUUUUUUCCAAGAAUGGUGGACAAAGACAAAAGGCACAACCCAUAUAGAAAUAUUGUAAAAGUUUCUACCGAAAUAACGGUUUUUUUGUUUAUUUUUUCGUUCAAUCUCUAUGAUAAAACAUUUAUCUCUUCAGAGAAAAAAGCCCUAUGUUUACCUUAUGUCUAGUUUUAUUUUUGUGUUUUUUUUUCUGAUCAAUGAAGUUCCUAACGUCCGUGAAAUAAGUUACCUAACUUUGAUCACGGUUAUUAGAACAAAGUAUGUUUUCUUUAUCUGCCUACAGACCCGGAAGUCUUCCAAAUUCCCCAGCAGGCUGUCCCCCUAGUCGCCUUGAGAGAAAGCUGACUAUCAAGGCAAGAGAAUUAAAGGAUGCGUUACAAUCUUGUCACACACUUAAGGAUGAGAGUGCUACCAUGAAAAAGACCUUGGAUGAUUUGCAAACUGCACUGGAAGAGAAAGACAAAAUGUUACGAAAUGCUGAGUAUGAAAGGGACCUUCUGGAAAAGGAGAAAGUACUCUAUGAUACCCAAGUAAAGGUAGGUCAUUUAAACGUCCGGUUUUUCAGUAAUGUCACGUUGCCUUAUUUAUGCAAAAUUGUCAAAAUACGUCAAUGAAACCUUCUCGUUCACCUUUGUGCCAUAACAAGGAGGGUAGCAUUAACCAUAAGGUAUCUCUGUCUCUGUUGGCUGCGGAAGGAAUUUUACUUUUUUUCAGCAUGUUUCCUAGCGUACGGAAAUUAGGCCUGCGUGGUAGGGUGUGAGAGACACGCCAGGCGCGUGUCUCCCUCGCGCCUCCCGUUCUUUCUGGCGCCGAUUUUCCUUACAAGCGCCUGCUAGGCAGGCCAACGGAAAUCAUGCUUUCUACUUUUGCUGAGAUCAUGUUUUUGACCUUGUAACAUAACACUUGAUUAUUGUUCUUAAUCUUUUAUACUUGCAGGACUUGCAGAGAAGACUCGAUCUCGAGAGAGCGGAAAGAAAUAAGACGGACUCGGCCACUCUUAAGUUACUUUCUGAACUGAAGGAAGGCAGUCAAAAGGCAAACGAACUCAGGGAUCAAGAAAGCAGGUAAGUUAAAAUGAGUUGCUACAAGGGGUUAGGGGGUUGCUUCUGUGGAAAUACGUCACAAUAGAUAUUAAAAUAUUUUGUCCAGCCAAAAACGUUUUGGACCGGACAACUCGAUUUUAAAGUAGUUAUUCUAGUCAGGUGUAUUUUUGUAAGUUCGCUGAAUUGAAAGGUCUUGCAGUAAGUAAUUAGUAUAGCUUUUUCGUAGUUGAUUUCACUGAGACACAGGGGUUUCAAUAAGCUCUGACGGUCGACGAAACGCGUCGGCUACUUUGCUCAUAGAGGUCGGCUACUUUUUUCUGGAAAGAAGAAGCAACUAGUUUGAAUAACGUUGUAAACAAAAAAUAAGUCAUAAAAACUGAAUGAAAACGUAAUUAUGAUGUGUUUUCGUGAAGGCCCACUGGUUUUAGAUUAUGCUUUAGUCAAGUGAGCGCCAUGCAUAUUUCAGUCAUUUUUUUCACAAGUUUCUUUAUAGGUUUACGCAGAAUUUGUUUACGUUCAAAAGUACAUAAUUUAGUUUUCACCAUUUGUUAAUUGCUUGCAGGAAUUUGAUUGUGUGACUGAUAAAUUGAAAGCUACAUUGUCUUGAACGGAAAACGUGCUCUUUUGUCCUCAAAUUUAGUCGCCAGAACGCCGAAAACAGCAUUUUAAGGGCUUUGAAGUUUCAAAAUUUAUCAGUUGGUUUCUCUAUUAAAGGGUCCUACGGACGGAAAUGCAAUUGUCAGCGACGUUUCGAACGUGUUCGCUUCUUGUUUUACAGAGAAAAUCUCGAGGAUCUUCAACAGAUUGUAGCCCAGCUGGAAAAUGACCGAUUUAUCGCCAGCAGACGAGCACAAAGACUUGAAGAGGAGCUCAAAUCACAGGAAAAGGUCUGGCAGAAAGAAAAUAAAUCAUGUACUAGCUGGCAGUAAUCAUGCGGACAAAGUUGAAACAAUUCAUCUCGGGGGCACCCAACGGGAAAUUUUGAGAAAAAGACCUAAAAACAACAACAAAGCGUGCAUAAAGUUUUCUGAGACUAUUUUAAGCAUUUUGGGAGAUUGCUGGAAAAAAAUUAUCUGUUCCUCACUCCCAGCAAGACUGAUGGAAGAGUUCCCAGCCAGCAAACUUACAACCUCCAACCCGACUUACUGGGAAGUUAGAUCUUGAGUGGUAAGUAACCCAUACAAGUAACCCGUAGCAGCUAUUCUAGACUUCAAAUCCCCUCUCACACCCUGAAUUAUCUUUUUCCCAGCAACACUUUCCUUCCAAGGACUAUUAUUUCUUCCACAUUUCCCAGCCAGCAAAAAUGUGCCUGAAGAACAGAUAUUUUAAGGAACAGAUCCAUUGCGUGCCCCUGUCAUCUUUGUGAAAUUUAGGGAUUGUCAUUUCUUUGCAUGUAGAAAAAGGUCUUGCGUUUACUGAAUAAAGCGAUUUUGUUGGUUUGUUUAAUAUUCAAUUCAAGGAGCAAGCUUCUUCGAUAACAGGGCAAGACUUGUUGGCUGUCCACGGCAAUUUCUUCCAACACUUUGCUUGACCAUCGAUCUUAACAUCUAUCUAACAGUAUAUGAGCAUUUACAACACAAACAGAGUUAUAUUCCGGCUCGAAACAGCACUGAAAUGUUCGUGUUCACGGUAAAAAUUCAAGAUGUUCACAUUGUAAACAUUUUUCUCUCUGCAGCUUCUUGAAGUCAGCAAGAGCCGUAUAAAUGACCACCAGGCAAGAAUGACAAAGGUAAAAGCAUUCGGUGGUAAACGCUCAUAUCAAUGUUGGUCGAUAGAUUUGUUUUUAGUUUGGAUGCUUGUUUGUGUUUUUUCAUAUGAAGUGCUCUUGUUGAUCAGAAUAUAAAACCUCUUACAAUUGCUCUUCGCCAAUACUUCGUCUAACACAAUUCUUCGCUAGUGCUCCGCCAAUUAGCGAAACAACAGGAGACACAACACAGAAAUAGCCGUUGCUUAUCUCGCGUUUUGCAUAAUAAAGUAAAAAACUUAACUACCAAAUUAACUAGUUAACGAGGACAAGCCAAAUAUAUAGGACAGCAAGGAAAAGGAAACCUGUUGAUAAGCACAGUAAGAUGAGAAUAUGAGGAAUAAGGCUUAAAGAUUUGUGUAGCUUUGAGGUUGCUGAAGAUUAUUGUCUUUGUCGCUAUUAAAGAUGAACGAAGAAGCGAAAAGAGGCAUGGUGGAGUGGCAGGAAAAGCUGGAUAGAGUCACCAAGGACAGCGAAGAAAGGAUCUCGGAACUGCGACAAAAGUUAGCCAAAGUAAGAAAAGAAAGUUGCAUUGAACUCGACUCUGCUUUAACCUUUCUCGUCUUGUCUUUGUGAGUGCGAAGUUGGUGACUUUAGCAACGACGACGCUGUUAGAAACGGCAAAUAAUGGCUAAAGGUUUAGGGUGGAUUCAUUUGCAGCCGAAUGUCAAAUGCGACGGCCAUGGGCAUAGCAACUUUGCACGUGCAGCACACUUUUUAGUACACAUCUUUGCCGUCAUUACACGACAACGACUAUUUCUUUCUCUUUCUUUUUAGACUUGGGUGCGGACCCAAGAAUUCAACCCCAAAGAAAUUCACCCACAUCUGGCAUUUUAAGUGAGUUGGAAGAAACGCGACAAAGUUAAAAAAAAAAAAUCGGGAUGGGUUCAGGAAGCUGCAUUUUGUUCAUCUUUUUACCUGUUUUGCCCCCUCUCAUUAAGUAUUUCUGCCAAUUGUUCCCGGAAGAAAAUAGAUAAUUACGAUGGCGUUAUAGUUUCGUGACAAAUCGGGCGAAGGGAACAUCUUAGUUCUAAACUAGUUUGGUCUACAUGUAGACGAUUGAUUUGUUUUCCGUUCUUUGGUUUUCAGUCGCUACAAUCCAACCAAGAGGCUACAGAGUUGUUGGAGAAUGUGCGGAAAAGUAAAGAACAACUACAAUCGCAACUGGAAAAGCUUCAGGUUCAGUAUAAUCUCGAUCAAAGUUUAUGAAUAAUUUUUCUUCUGUUUGAUUGUUUUCAGUUGUCAGACCGUGAUUGUGAAUCAGAUUCAAGGGCUUUCGUUGUCGAAGUGAGAGAGGAACACUCGUGAUCUAAGCUUCUUAAACUCAUUAAUUAUAAAGCCAAAUGCUGAUAGCCUUCGCAGAAAACAAAACAAAGUUUGGGUGUCGGAUACUUUGGGAGUUUGGUUGCGGAUAAUAAUUACCAUAUUUUGUUUAUUAGAAAAUCUAACGUUGUCCCGACAGGAGACUAGCCCAUGACCUUCUAAUUAUUAGUCCAGCUACUCCACCACUCUCGUGAGAGCUAAGGCUAUUAUUCCAGGUUCAUAUGACAAAAGUCCUGCACAAAAAUCGCAAUCAUAUAUAAAUGUCAAAUGUUAGAGGGAUUAUUGAUCACUUGAGUAGCUACAUCAGAUAUUCAACCCUGACAGUGUUUAAUCCGAAUAUCUGUAAGUCGCCCUAAAACGAUCCUGUCCUGGUUGUGCAAACUUUGGAUGGCGCCAUCUACCGGAUAAAUCACUAUCCAGGGGAUAAGUAUUAGAUAAACCGAUUAAGCUAUCCGCUGGAUAGUGAUUUAUCCAACGUUUGAACAACCGGAUCCUGGGCUGCGCGUGGUUUUUCUCAACCUACCACUCAGUGACUCGAUAUCGGAUCAAACACUGAGUCUUGUGCUUAUCAUGUCAGCUUUUGAAUCUUUCUGUGAAGGCCAACUGUGUACAAUCAAUGUCUUAUCAAUUAUCAACACAGCUGGUUGAACCAAUUUUCGUGCUUCCAACAAGAUGCUCAUUAGUUCAUAUAUAUUGCCUUUCAGAAAUCAGUCCAGCCAACAAUUACAACAAAUAGAAAUGAAAAGGUGAGAUUUUCCUUAAUUUGAUUAUCUUACUGAUUUACGUGAUCUUGAGGCAGAAUAUUCUACAGCUACCUAAUAUUUAGUAGCACGGAAGAACAAACUGAAACAUAAAAAAGUCCUUAUACAUGUUUGUUGUUUUAGUGCGAAGGCUUAUUUAGCGAUUUGUGUGAACCUUUUGUCACUAAAUUUGUUAUGAAAUGAAAUGUGGCUGAGACAAGUGCGUUCUUGACUCAAGUCGAUGCCUACGCAGGUCUUGAAUCGGUGCAACGGUUUUUCCUUUAGUUUGAUAGUUCGCGUUAGACUGGGUCGAAGCUGUAUCGAAUUGCACUAUGGGAACAUACUUGAGGACGCUAUCGCUUCUAUUAUUGGCUGUUUCGAGGUUGUGCAUGGAACUGGGUGAAAAUAAUGCCGCGAAACAAUUCCACAAUGCAAUUCGACACAAGACCAACUAAGUCUCACGUGCACCUCAAAUUAGCCAGUCCUAGCGAGUAAUGUGUUUUAUUUUGCUGGAAUUAGCAAAGAUAACACAAGAAGAAUUUUUGAUUUUAAGCAGAGAAAAGCUGAACUUUUGUCGUCUUUGUUUUCUACCAUUAGCCCUUUUCACUCACCAGAAGAUCAGACAGUGUAUUGAUGGGAAUUAGAAACAGGGAAGAAAUAGCUCAGGAGUUAUUCAAUAAAAUAAUGGUAAACAGAUUAGAAAUACGUACUGUAAAAUGGGUAUAGUAUAGUAUAGAAUAGUCAGUAUGAGUUAAGCUUCAACUUUAGGCUGAUAGCGUAUGAGUUUUAAUAUAGGUUCGACUUUUUAACACUAGUGCGCAAUACCACAUGAGUUUAAUACCUCUGUAGUCACCCCCGCUGUUUAGGGCGGGAAGAAAAGCGGAAUGGGAGGGAAAAGUUAGGAAACUCUUUAUGCUUUUUCUCACGAACCAGUCGCUAUGACCGGGCUCUCUUUUGUUCUCAUUUAGAAUGUCUCCGCCUAGAGAUGCUUCCCUAUGUUUGCUGCUUAUACCUGAUCAGAUAGCGGCAGAAAACGAAGCUUACGUACAGCCCUGGGUUGUACUUGGAAAUGUUAAAAACCUUGUUCCUGGCCCACGUUUAGAAAAAACGAACUUUAGAGUGGAAAAAAAUGGGGGCUUUUAAAAAGUUUUAAGACAGAAAUCCAAAAUUUCUGUUAAUUUCGUCUAUUUUCAGUCGUGUAACAGAACUCAUGCAGAGGAAGGAGAUAAUAGUCUACGAGAGCGUUAUAGAGAAAAAUCCGCAGAAGUGAGGCAGCUGCAAAGUAAAAUCAUGGUAAGCCGUGAGUUGGUCCCUCAAAUGGAUCGAUCGCGAGCUUUUUUAUCGCUACAUACUUCAGAAUAUUCUAUAUUUCAAGCAGAUUUCUAGAUAUUGCAAAAUUGCUAUGAAUUACUAUGAAUUCCAUUAUGCUUGUUCCGGAAUACGGUCAAUAGAACACGCCCUUUUAAAUUAGUGUUUGAUUUUAAUUUAGUUCUAGAUUUGGCAGCAAAUACAACUUGAAGAGUUAACACAAUUUUUUAGUUUCAAUUCUUCUUUCGUUCUUUUUUUUUUUCUUCCUUUUUUUGGUUUCUUUCUUUUUUGAGAUCUUAUAAAAUGCAAAUUGUAAUUCCGGUGUCAUUUGUAUUUUUAGUCAGGCUUUAACUCCAUUAGUUUUAUAAAUUCCUAAUUUUUAUGAAUUUUAAUUUUGAUUGAAUUUCAUUGGCAUUAUUACUAGUUAUCUCAUUUUAUCAUGUCUUCCAUUAUUAUUCAUUUAGUUUUGAAGACUUGUUAGCUAUUUUCUUUUCUCUCGGUGUCCCCAAUUAGCUUGUAUAACCUGAACACAUCGACACUUGAAUAAAGUAGGUAGACUAUUUAUAUUAUGUUGUGUUUGUGUAGGAUCUCGAGGACCAGUUGUUUCAGUCCCAAAGAACCCAAAAGAAGCUCGAGAAAGAUGUGGCUAACAGACAAGCUCAAGAAGAAAAACUGCAGGUAAAAUACUGCCCAAUAAUACUUGACGGUGAAUUGCUAUUAAUGCAGAUAUCCUCAUUUCCUUCUGUUCGUGGUUUCUCUUCCUUGUACUUGCCCUCACUGACAUUUUGGCGGGAUUUCGUGUACACUGUCAAAACACCAAUAUCUCCCCACCUUUUCAGCCUAAAAUACUUAUUAUAGCGUUCUUCACACGCGUUUGAAUAACGUCCAUGCGCAAGAACGGAAUUUGAAUUAAUUGCGAAAGUUUUAUACUUGUAACGAGUUGAAAAGGAAACACUUGUUGAAUUCUUCUCUGCGUUUUGCCAAAACAGUGAAUCAAACUGCCAUUAUGUGCAAUCUGUAUUCACUAUAAAGAAGUGUACAGCUGAGAAGAUCGAAGGAAAUUGGGUUUUUUUCGACUGAGGUUCACUCUUGAGACUGUUCGUGUAGUGAUCUUCGCUUCCAUUCAUCACAUGUAGACAAAAGGUAAAGUAAUUUCUGCGAUAAAUUUGUCUUACUAGGAAGCUGACAAAGAAGUAAACAGAUUAUCACGCUACAAACGCCAGGUGGAUAGCACAAACAGCAGACUAGAGAGUGAAUUAGAGGAAGCAAGAAAACUAAUAACCUCCAGAGAUCAGGUGAAUGAAAGAAUGGCAGAUCAUCUUGUAACACGGGAUAAGGCUUAUCCACCUUAUAAAUGACUGUUCAUUGGAUAAGUAUUAUAGAAACCAAUUGGAUUAUCCUCUUGGUAAAUAUUUGUAAAGUGGAUAGAACCUUUUAAACAACGUCUUGGCGUGCUAUAAAAGGGAGCUUAAAAGAAGUAGCCAGUGUGGCAGGCGUUUGAAAGAAGAGGAGAAGGUGAUUUCUGGCGUGCCUCAGUAGCGGAUCCAAACCUUGAGAUAAGAGCGGGGGGGGGGCUUAAGGGGGGGCUGGGGGCGUUCAUCCAGACCCUGAGAUAAAAACAUGUAUGUACGUAUGUAUGUCUGUAAGGGGGAUGCCCGCUUCUAAAUUUUCGGCCCUUCGGGCCUCAGUUUGAUCUAAAAAUUAGGAGGGGGGCGGUCCCGUAUACGUGUCACGAUUAAGGCUUUCUAUAUAAGUUGACUACUAGAGUAACAGUCUGUCUGUAAAACUGAUUUCGACGAUAUCUCUGUUUUAUCUCAUAUAGAAAAUCGACUCCUUGACGGGAAGAUGUCGUACGCUAGAAGAAAUGCUGAAAGAAAACGUUGACCUUAGCAGAAGUUCAGAUUCAGAUUAUGACGCUAGUAACAAAUCGUAAGAAAUUUUUCAUCUUUUUUUUUUUGGAAGCAAAAGGAGCAGGGUGUAAAUUCCCGCAGUUUUCUAAGGCUAUUUGUCUUUCAAAUCGGUACGUUAAAUUUCCACGGAAUCAGAGUACGCCUUUCAUUCAUUUGAUUUAUUCUUGUUAUGUAAGAUAUUGUUCAUCGUGGUUAUGUUGUAUAAAGGGUUUCGUCUAUCGUUUGUCUUGCAAUAGUCACUUAGAUAUUUAUUGCGACGUUUCGGCCGCGUUUUGCAGGUCUUCAUCACGCGGUAGUGUCGAUUUACUGAGUUGUACUAUUCGUACCACAGUGGUUGUUAGUGUUAGUGGUUGGUGUGUCUCGAUCCAAAACAUUGUUGGCAUUAUUAGAAGACGAAACUCCUUGAUUUAUUCUUGUUAUUUUAGUUAGCAUGUUCCCACCAAUAGCCCAAUAGCGUUGCUCCAUUUUUCGACAUGCAUGUUAACUGCAUACAGCCCACUAUCCCCUUAGUCGUUCUGACCAAAGGCUAGCACUCGAAGCGUCAGCUUUUCGGUCUUUUUACUGCGCCAAAUGCUGAUUUGUCUUUUAGAGCUGUCAACCAAGAAGAACUGAAGAAAUUGAGCGAGGAAAAAGAAGUUAUGACUCGAAAAAUAACUGGGCUAGAGAGCGACCUCAAGAUACAGCAACAGAAAAACGCUUGUUUUGAGAAACAGUUAGAAGAUGCUGAGAGCAAAGUGAAACAGGUAAGAUGACCAGCGAUCAUUUCCUUAGGCUCAUUUUAUUUAUUUCCAAGCUGUGUUUUCAAGAUGAGUUAUUUGCUUAUGGCUAACAGAGAGUAUGAUUUGAUCAACUAGAUUUCAAAGGAUAUGGAGAAAAAAGUCGAAGACCUCAAGACACAACUAACAGAGGUAAGUUUUCGCCUUAAAUUAUCUUUAGCCAAUAGACUGCUCAUUUGCUGCAAUUGAAAAUUGUUCGCUUUAAUUCUCGAAGCUUUAGGGUGCCUUAUCCUUUUUUGUGAGUAGAAAAUUCCAAAAAUUAAAAGUAAUACGCACAGUGCAAUUAGAAUAAAAUGGCCUCUUCUCACGUGUUUAUCGCCACUAAAAGAAAUGACUUGUCACUGCGCUCCCUCUUGUUUCAGCAAAAUCAACAGGUUCAAUUUUUUAAAAACAGUAAAAAAAUUGUGACGAUACUGACACAAUGUUUAAAGUUGAAGAAAUAAAAAUUAUUGGGCGUAAAAAGAAAAGAAACAAAGAAAAACAAAACAACACACGAUGUCCACAAGAGUGUGCGUCGCUGAUCUUGCGUCCCAUAUUUCAUUUUUAUCUUAGCAAUUAAGAUCAUUUAACUUUGAAGGGUUGAGACAAUUUUGUGACCUUAACAAAUGUUGAAGUCGUGAAAAUACUUGCCCUGUUACCAUCAUGUCGUGGAAUCAAGAGUAUUUAAUGGCAGUGUGCUUGGCAGUCUUUUCACGUACCGUGGGAAGCCGAUCAAUGAUAAUCGUCUUCAACCCCUAAGACUUGAUCACUUCUUGUCAGGUUGACCAAGCGUAUUGUUACGGAGGCAUCUUUCUUCUUCAUUUUUUUCCCUUUGAUAUACUGUAUGCACAUAACUGUGACUUGUUUACUUACGGUGACUAGAGCAAUCGUGACUUAACAUGUUGAUCACAAACGACUUGUUUAUUACUGACCGCCUUGAUUUCUUCCUUCAGGUCACCAAUGAGUGUUCUUCUCUGAAAAGUACUAAAAAGGCGCUGGAAGAGACCAUCCUUAAACUCGAGGUAAGUGACACCGUACAGUUUUUUAAAUCUUUCGUUAUAGCGUUAUUGUCUCCUCAUGGCAAUUUUAUUAAAAUCUAUUUUGUAGAAUGACAUCGACACUAGAGAAUUUGAGUUGGAAUUGAAGGUGAGUGUUCCUCCUUUCAGUUAUAGUAUUAGUCUUAAGACAAACGGAAUUUAUCUUCAGGCCUAAGCUUUUCAAGCCGCAAGAUUUGAUGUUAGCUGAUUUGUUUUGUGUUGAUACCAGGCGUCGGCCAGGCAAGACGAGAUCACAAGAAACAUGCAGGAAAAUCGCUCCGAGGUAAACCUUCCUUCAUUUGUAUGUACAAGGUGGCAAUGGCCGUUUUUACGCUGGAGACGUCAGUCUUUUUAAGACAGACGCAUUUGAUGACAUAAGUUCGUUGAGACGCACCUAACAGGCCACUUUAAAGUUUCAGACGUUAAAUGCAUCUUGUAUAAAAAGAGGACGACGUAAACUAGGACGCACUUAUGCCCAAAAAAUCAAGAAACGACUGGGAAGAGUUAGUGUUGAGUUGUUGAUGUUGUUGUUGUUGUGUUGUGUUAUGUUGUGUGUUUUUUUGUUUUUUUUUUUCAGAAAAACUUUUUUUGCACUGUUAUCGUCUACUUUUAUGCGUGUUGUUUUUACACCAGUUGACUUUGACGUUAAAUAGGUUUAGACGACUUAAACGUCUCUGGUAUAAAAUACUGAUUAGCUGAAGGUUGACAGUCCCUGCAUAUAUCAGCAGUUUCUGCUUGCGGCUGUCAUCCGCAUCAAAAGUUAUGUGAUUUAAUAGAGCCUCCCACCCCUUGCGAGCUACAACACUAGUCGCUUGUUUUCCUUUUUCAUGGUGAAAGUUUCAGUUGUAACUUGUAAAUGACUAAGCAGUUGCCAUCGUUUUCGUGUUUGUUUCUUUUUUCAGGUGGUUCAAGAAAUCCACGUUCAAUUCAGUGAAAUGUCGAAUCGUUGCAACGAACUGGUUUCACAAAAUAAGGUUUGUCGUGUUUUGCAGUUAAUCUUUUCAUCAUAACUUCUGUAACGAGGAGACAAUAUGAUAACUCAUCAGAAGUAUUGUAACAACGUAGUCUGUUGUAGAACAGGCUAAAAGUUAUAUUUAUGUUAUCUCUUGAAUUUGCAACUUGUCGUUGGAUCUCGGCUUUUUGUCAGCAGAGAGAUUUAAUACGGAUUAUCCGAAGUGUAGUUCCUUUGAGCCAAAUAGAACGGGGAACAAUUUCAAUUAAAAUCUGACGUUUGACGUUCAGCCCAGUCAAGCUUCUAAUAUUAACGCCAGAAGUUAACAAACACGUCUGACUUUUGUUUAUAUGCAGCUAACCCGUGAUCCUAUUACUACCUGUAAUGUGUCUGAGCAAACAGUUAAAUAACAGGAAUAGUAACUUUGCAUUUUCAUUUUUUUUUUUUUGGCCCCGACUAGACAUUCUCAUGUUUUUUCUUAACUCUUUUAGGGACUGGAAGCGAAACUAGAAGAGCUUACUGAAGAAAACGGCGAUUUAAAAAUGGCAAACGAGAAACUCGAAGAUGAUCUGAAAGAAAAGAAGAGGGCCGCGGAAGGCAUGGAACUUGUGAGUACAAAAAUUUAGGACACCUUCUCCAAGCCUGAGAAACAGCCGACAUUUCGGGACGCCACCGCUUGUUUGUCCUCGAAAUGACGUCUGAGAAACGAGCGCAGAAAUUCCAUACUAAUGACGUGUUACUACCCAGAUCUGGGUAGUAUCGUGUCAUUAGUAUAGAAUUUCUGCACUUGUUUCUCAGACGUCAUUUCGCCCGGAAACCAGUGGAGGGGUCGCGGAAUGUCGGCUGUUUUCUCGAGGCUAAGCAUCUCCCGCCAUUCCAGUACAUUUUGAUUCGACUUGUCCCUUCUUAAUCUGGAUAUCAGAUAACCAAGUGAUGUACAAAAAAUAAGACAGAAGGAAAAGGUUUCUUUCCUCCGUUUCCGAGCGUUCUAUUUUGUAAGGCCCUGUUCGAACUUCGAAAGAAAAUAGAGUUUUGCGUUCUCUUUAAAUUUGACAAUUUUCCACCCAACAAUGUUUUGAUUUUGCAUCCUUGCUUGCAUCUGGGACACGCGAAAUUUUUCGUCUAACGAGAAACGUCAACUAAAGAAACUUAAAUUGGUCAUGUUCGCGAAGUAAGAUGACCCGACAAAGGAUAGCUGUCAAGGAACAAAGGAGUUUGUCGCCUAACAAAACAUUGUAGGCCUCUAAAUCUUCUCGACGGCAUCUUUGAACUUUGGUGACAGUUGAGAAAAUUUGGGUCGGCGAAAAAAUCGUUCGCACUAGAAAUGGCUUCCUUUUGACAGAUUUUUCUGCAAAACAAACAAUUUUUUGCUUUCUUAGUGCGAACAGGGUCUAGUUGUUGUCAAAACAACGUAUUUAUCAUCUGUCGACAGACCAACACGAUGUUGAAAUCCACCUGCAGUAUGCUGGAGAACCAAGUAGAGGAGCUAGAGAUUAUAAAUGAAGAUUACGAAGAGAAACAGCUCCAAUGGAACAUAACAAGGUGAUGUCGGGCCUUAAGCGGACUGAAUUAGCCUUCUUACAUGAGAGAUACUUCUGAUUCUCAGUCAUUUUUAAAAUUAACUUUAAAAGUCCGCCAGCCGCCCCUUAUAUAGCCGGGGGGAAUCUGGCUACUCGUGGUAGUGAGUGCACGGCAGUUUUUCAUUAUUGAGGAGUGGGGGAGGGGUAAUUUUUGGUUCAUGGUUCUUUACGCGGGCGAAUUACCCGGCCCCAACCUCGCUCCCAUGUUUUUCCCUUCUCUCGCUCCGUGGGUUGAGUAGGAGAGAACCCUGGGAGUUAAGUUGUACCCUUUCCCUUUUGGAGUAUGUAGGUUACCACAAUGAAUAUUCACGGAGUUUGUCAUGAUGUAAGCCAAAUGUUAAUGGUUCCAGAAGACGGGGUGGUUGCAUUAAACAGGGUAAUUGUAAAACAGGGUGCAUUUUUGGCUUGCUGCAUUGAAACAUGCGAUAUUUUUGCCUUUUUUAGGCGAACGCAAACGAAAAAAGUUCUGCAGGCUAGGUGUACUAUGCGAACAUGUUUUCCUGAAUUGUUUUGCGAAUUCGGUCCCAAAGCGGAAACUAACUUUUACAAUAUAAAUGUUUUAGGAAAGAGUUGGAGCAGAAAAGAGAAAAAAGUGACUUUCAACUCCUGGAAACUCAACGCUUGCUUGAACAGGAAAAAAUGACACGGUAAGAUCGAAAUUAGAGGUUUUUUGAAAUUAUUCAGGCCCAUUAACUGCUUUAAAGUAGCUGUCUCAGUAAGAGUUGUCCCUUGUUUAGAUCUUUUUCGAGGCUCUUAUGUAUUUUGUUGGCACUUGCCUUUUCCGUGGCCGAUUCACGAGGCCAUUCUUAGCCAGCACAAUAAAGUUAGAGCGCUGCACCGGUGUCGCAGAGCUCAGGGCCCGAAUCCCGGCAAGCCUCAAUUUAUACAGGCUUUCUUUUCGAAAGUGCAUGAGUUGCAAAUUUAACUGUUGUUAUCUUCUCUGCCCAGUGGAACCCCUACUUACGGCCACCUCGGAAAUACAGUCACCUCGUUAUUACGGCCACUUAUUUUGGCCCAACACAACGGUCAUACAUUUUCCUAUAGAAACCCUCGUUAAUGCGGUCACCGGUUAAUACGGCCAACGGCCACAUUUAUAAAUCCCAAACAGUAGAAUCUUUUGUAAUUUCACCACCUUAAUACGGCCACUCGUUCAAAAUUUAGAAAAUUGAAAUGCCUGUGAUACGUCAAUUUCACUGACCAGGCAAGCUGAACAUGUUCUUGUAUUGCUCUUGGACCACAGUGCACUUAAAAUGCAUUUGUGGCGGUUUAAUGGCCGAUUUGUAAAAGUGUUUUAUAUACUAAAGAAAAGUUUUAGAUAGUUUUUGCAAUUACUGUACGCGAUAUCUACAUUCCGGUUGUUUAUUAAAGAGGACAGUUGUUCAAAAAGUGCGAUUGCGACGUAUGUUGCAUUUGUCAUUUCGGCCGGCUUAAGUCAUUAAAUUUGACCCUGUCGCGAUUAUACGGUCACUCCGUUAAUAUGGCCAAAUUUUUAUAACCCAUUGGUGACCGUUUACUAUAAAAGGGGUUCCACUUUAUUUAUUUCAUCCCGCAGUCCAAUUAUGAAGUUCAUAUAUUCAUCUUUUUAGGAAGCAAUAAGUAGUCAUAAAACUUAAGCUUGGUAGUCAUAAAUCCUUUCCCAGGAAAAGGAUAAAUUCGAACUAUUUUUUUAAUUGUAGGUAACACUUUUUUUAACUUUCUUUCCAGGUCCAGCGCUGAGGAGAAAGUGAGUAAACUACAAGAGGCUUUGGAAGAAGUACAAAACACACACAUCAAGGAAGUGGAUGAGAUGAAUGCGCAACUGGAAAGACAAAGAGAUCGAACCGAGGAGCUCACAGAAGCGGUAAGCACGCUUGUCUCUUUCAUCUUUCAAAAUCGACUGCAGUUUAGAUAUAGCUAGUGGAUUCACAAAGUCUGUCUCGUUGCAGAGACUGCACGCAUUUUUGGUUGCAACGAAGACUACGAACAGUCUCUAUUUUUUUCUUAUUAGCCCGUUGAGCGAAAUGUGCGAGAGAGGCGAAUUUGGUCACGCGCGUGAUCGAAGAGCGGCCUCUCACCUCUCCACCCUCGAACAUGCGUGCACUCCCCUCACUAAAUCUGAAGUAAAAUAGAGACUGUUGGCAGUCUAGUUCCGACCACUCGUUGCUUCUACUUGUGGUGAUGUGCUUGGCCAUUUUGAAGUUGUGCUUCAGACUGCGUCAUUGUUGAGUCAAAUUGCAUUAUGUGACUCAGUUUCUCUUAAUUCCUCGUAACAGCAAAUAAAAAGGAGAUAAUGACCUGUAAAAGUCCCAUCGUGCAAUUCGAGACAACAACGACGCAAUCUGAAGCACACCCCCAAAAUGGCCAGUAGAACAUUUCCUUAUUUGUCCUGCUCGCUCCUUUAAGAAUCGAAGCCUUGCAUAAGCUACGUUACCUGAUUACGAGUGAAAACCUAUGCCAUUUAUUUCCAUUUAUGGUAGACGGUAUGAUAUUUCAUUUCCACCAAAAAUUAGGAAGAAGAUAUAAGGUGCCUUUUAGAAUAAAAUCUAGAAUAAUUUUUAAUUUAUCCUUGACCUCUUCAGCUCAGCGAGGCUGAGAAAAAAUGUGGCAUGGCACAACUGGAGGUCAAAUCCAUGGAACGCAAACUUCAACUUGGAACUGAAGAAAACAACAAGCUGCAAAUCGAGAUCGAGCGACUGAACAAUCACACCUCCAAACUGAAGGCUAGCAACUUUGAGUUAAACCAGAAUAUUGAAGCAGCUAUGGAAAAAUGUGAAGAAUUAACGUGUGAACGGGCUUCGCUGGCAGAGCAGCUGGAUCUCAUGGAGGCGUCCCACGCAGAAGAGAGGUUGAAACUGGAGGCUACCAAUUCACAGCAGACUAAGCUGAUUGACUUUCUGCAGUGUAAAGCUGAAGGGCAGGCGCCUAAAAAGAAAAAGGUGUGGACUUUUCUAAAUGUACCUAAAGUGGGGGAGGGGGGGGGGUGUGUCCCGUGUCAUGGUGAGCUGCUCAGUUUUGGUUAAAUCUGAGCUGAAAUUACAACCAAGUAUUCUCAGACAUCUUUUGUCAUUCUUGGAAUUCUGGAAAAAUAUAUCGACUGAUUCUAUCAAAAAGAAAAUAAAGCGUGAUCGGUUUGGGGUCUUUUUUGACAACUUAGCACGUUUACUUGACAAAAUAAGCUGUAAUUCCUGUCCAUCCUGGCCAUCGAAAGCCAAGUAUAACACUUAUAGUUGAGUUACAGCAGAAUCUUUAGUAAUUUUAAAAUGGAACUGAACCAUCAUUUCAGAGUUUUCUUUUAUUUUAAUUGAACGAGUUUUUAAGGUUUCAAAGUAAUUCCAAAAAAAUCAGGACAUUUCUUUUUUAAAUUUCGGUUGCUUGUCAGUGCGCGACAAAGCAAGAAAAACCGUUUACAUAAAUACCGUAAAUGACGAAAUAAACGCCCGGGGCGUCUAUUUAAUUUUAGGGGCUCAAGCGGAGGGCGUUUGAUAGAUGGAAGGCGUUUAAAAGAGAGAGGCGUUUAUUCUCAUAACUGGAACAAGCUCGACAAAACUAAUACGCUUUCGGCGAAAAUAUCAAGAGAGUCUAAAAACAGCGGAAUAUCCACUACAUCAAUUGAUACGUCUAGGUCGGCUAAAGAUCGUUAUCGCUCUUUCAAAUCCCAGCAUCGAUGUCAGAAUCUUCGCUCAGGGUUGUUGUGUUGCAAUCACUAGUCUAUCUUACUUUGAACUUGACAUUGAUUAAGAUGAAAUGCGAAAAGCCUUGUUAAUGAUUUUGCUACUUUUUGCUAAAAUUCCUAAUGUUUUGGAGUAAUUCUCAUAGGGGGCGUGUAUUGGAGAAGGGCGCCUAAUACAAGCAGUUAAAAUUGAAAGGGUGUGUUUAUUCUAUCAGAGGCGUUUAUUCGUUUGGAAAUUACAUAGACUGUUUACAGGUAGCCAACACAACAUCUGAGGAUCAUUAGGUUAUCCUUAUAUUAAUUCAGUUAAGCUUUUCUGAGUGUUCGUGCUUUCUUGUAUAGAGCAGUUGAGGAUUUAUAAGAGCGAGAGACGUUAUUAUAAGCUUAAGCACCUCGGAAAUCUUUCACAAAAAGCUAGCACCCUACAACGUCUGCAAUAUUUUGCAGGGCUUGUCCUCACUGUAAGAACGUACGAAACGUGCCACGAACCAACAAGAUAUCAAACAAUACAGUGCAAGACAACGAUAGGUAGAAAAGAAUUACGUCACAAGUUCAUUAGUACAUCAUUGUAAAACCAAAAUUUUGAAAACUUAAUACAACCAUCCCUCUUCUCUCCUCGCCGCUUGGAAUGUUUCGCGGAAAACUCUACUGGCAUGGAAAGACUGCUGCAUUAGCAGGCCAACUUGUUUUCGCUUUUGUAUAUCUUUAUCAGCCCUGUUUUAAAAGCAUGAUCAAUCGUGAAAGUCAUUUGAAUAACAACUCAAAGUAACACGAUCGUUUGACCAACGUUCACGCGUUUAUUUUCAAUAGUGGAAAUGGGUUUAACGUUCCAUCUUUGACAUUGUUUCCUCUUCUGUUUUGUUAGCUGAUCGGUGGUGGUGGAAAGUCAUGGCGCAAGAAACCAGAAAACAGCAUCAACGUUGUUCCACAGCAGUGGAGAGAUUUACAACAGGCGCUGGAGAAAGAACGAGCAUCCAGUAUGAAGCUACAAACUGAGGUCAACAGGAUGCGACAAGAAAUACAGACUGCAAAAAUGGAAGGUAUUUCAAUGUGGAUGAUCUAGGGAGUGGGGAAAGGCCGACGGCUCUCCAGCUACCACAGCUUUUAGGUGGACUCACAAACAUAACCUGAAAAAGCAGCCGAUCCUCGAAAUGACGUCUGAGAAACGAGCGCAGAAACUCCAUACCGAUGACGCUUCACUACCCAGAUCUUAGUAGUUCUUCUGAUUGGUUGUGCCGCGCGGGAAAUUUGCUUUAACCAAUCAGAAGCACUACCCAGAUCUGGGUAGUGACUUGCCAUCAAUACGGAAUUUCUGGGCUCGUUUCUCAGACGUCAUUUAGCGGGGAAACCAGUGGUUGCGUCGCUAAAUGUCGGCUGUUUUCUCAGGCUAUCACAAAAAACCCUUUUUCUUGGUGAAAAUUGGAACGGAGACCUGACCUUAGCUGGCAAAAGAUAUCUUGAAACGAGUUAUGGGCCGUUUUGAUAGCAUAGCUCAAAGGAGAUGAAUAAAUCUUGCUGUUUUCUUUUAUUAUUUAGCUGCUCAUUGGAAAUCGCAAUAUCAAAAUGCCGGCUGUGCAACCCCCAAACCAACCCAGUCCUACGCGGUGCUAUCAGCAAUUCAGCAGUCACCAAGCAACCAACAAAGUCCGCUGAUCGCCCAGACCCAGUCCAAGAAUGCUAAAAAUGCUUCUCAGGCUGAUCGUGGUACCGCACGUAGGCCCAAAGAAAGAAUGCAUCACAACAUCCCGCAUAGGUAACACUCACCAUUUAAAUCUAGAGGUUGUUCAACCCCUUCGGUAAUGAGUGCUUCCGUUCUGUAAAAAAAUGACGUUUAUCAAGAAUAAACAGUUUAAAAGAUCUUUCUUGUUUUAAUGGCUUUCGCGUUUGAAAGAAAGAGGAAAACUAAUUUUAAUAUGCAGAUGUGGACAAUGCUGAUUUGGCUCAAAUAUAAGCCAAGGUAUAAUUGGCGAUUUGCAAAAUUCAAUUGAUGCGAAGAGACGUUUUAGCUUUGUAACAAGACAGCUAAAAGCGUGAUAUAGUCCAAUUAAGCUUCGGUCGAUGUUAAGAGUGACUUGUCACUAAGAGUGUAGCUUGCGCCAAGUCGAAACUAAACUUCUGGUUAAGUGUGUUUGCAAAAGAGCGCUGAAAUCCUUGUUCAAGGCACCCAUCUGUAUACCAGGAUUUGAGUACGCGUCAUGAUUGGACUGUUAAAAAAGCCAUCGUCAAUUUGCCACUCAGGUUGAAAGGAAAUUCGAAACUCCUUUCCGGUAAUUUGUUGAGUCCACUGGGGCAGGACCCAGAACAAGGAUAUCCGCGCUGCUCCGCAGACUUUACUAAAGGUGAUGUUACACGGGACGAUUCGCAACGACGACUUUUAGCGCAACACAGCGUGGUAAUGUUGGAACAAUGUUAUAACCAUUCGAAACAAUGUUGCAACGCUGUGUUGCAAUGAAAAUCGUCGUUGCGAUUGUCUAGUGUAACAUCACCUUAACUGGGGUUAGAUUACGUCUGCGACGCAGGCUAUAGAGUGGAGCCACUUUUCGUAACGAAAAGUCCGGCGGCUGGAAACAACAUAAUGCAUAAAACUAAGAGGUCAGAAAGAAGACAAACCAAACUUUGUUUCUUCCUUUAGGUUUGUGAACGCUUUGAACAUGCGCGCCACCAAGUGUGCCAUUUGUUUGGAUACUUUGCAUUUUGUGCGGCCUUCAUCUCGCUGCGCUGGUAUGAUUAUCAUUUAUGAUACUUUAUUAAACUAGUAUUGUAUGCCUUGAGAAUGUUAAAUGUUAUCACGAAGAGACAAUUAGAAAUAACUUUGACUAUGGUAAUUUUUCACUUUUUUUGGUAGAUUUUAUGAUACACUAGAAUUCAUGGGACAUUACUGGAAUGCUCUUGAAUUUUAAUGUACAGUGGGAAUUUUUUUUUUUUUACUUUGCGAUGUGGUAUACAGGAAAUCUCCAGGAACUCCCAGUAUCAAAAAAUAAUUUCUACCGAUUGUUAUGUUGUUACAUAGAUGUUAAAAACUCGAACAGAGAAAAUGCUACUGAACACUACACUAACAGAGAUCAUGGAGGACUCGAUCAAGUUAUAUUAUGGACGUUUUAAGAUCAAAAGCGUACAAAGCCAGUGCUCUAUGAAUAAUAAUUAUUGCAUUGACUCGAAAACCUAUCAAUAGUGUACAGUAUUUAAUCCAAUAAGCGCCGUAUUUAAGGCGCGAAAAUUAAUAAGCGGCGCUAAUAGGAAAAUUGCACGAUGACGUCAUUUUACUACAACUACUAGAAUCCUCGAGUUUGUUGUUUUCUUGAGCAAAUUAAGGCCAUUGUUCUUUAAUCCUCAGCGGGAUUGACAAAUUUAAAUAACAAAGCAAAACCGACAUGAAUUCUGGUAGUUGUAGUCGAAUAUCGUCAUCCUGCAAUUGUUCUAUUCGAGUGAAUACGGUAACUUUUUUUUUGUUGUCGCAGAGUGUGGCCUAGUAUGUCAUGUAAAAUGUUCACCAAAUGUGCCGCAUACAUGUGGCCUUCCAAGCCAGUUGGUGGAACACUUCACCGAGACUCUUCAGGAACAGAAGAACGACGAAAACAGUCUCAUACCUAACUCACAGAGCACCACUAAACUAGGAGGCAGGAGAGAGGGAUGGCUCAGAGUUCCACGGUAUGGCUCCUCUUGAUUGGUUUCUAGUUCAGACUGUCUCGCAUUGUAAUCAAUUUAUCACACGGGCUCGGCAGUCAAAGAGAUAGGUUCAUAAUGUUUCCCGUGAAUAGGCACCAUCAGAAAGGAAUAAAGAUAGCCUGUCUACUUUCUCCCGACAUCAGUCACACCACCCACUCGCCCUAGCCAACCCCGUAAGUCGGGGGCAUUCUUGCGGGAUAAAUUGUAAGGGUUGUCAGGGGCGUAGCCACCAAUACGUACGGUACGCACAUACGUACCUUUCUUAGAAAUAUAUAUUUUUUCAAAUACCCAACUGUCGUUUUCCGGAGAACCGAUAUGAUUCAUUGGUGGCUCGAAAAUCUUGAAUGAUAUAUUUAGGGAAAAAAGGGCGAAAAAAGCAAGUUGGAUGGAAUAAAGCGUGAACGCGUUGUCUUCACCUCAGCCUGUAUUAGCAGUAGAUGGACGUAGAGAAUGAUUACGUCAUCGUAGGGUGACUCUGUCUGUCAAAACAAUGUCCAAAAGGCCUUUAAAAAAAUCACUUUUUUUUUUUAAAAGAAAGUCUGAGAUAGUAAAUGCUUUUGCGUACCUCUGGAAAAUCCCGGCUACACCCCUGGAUAUGAUUAAAUUCUGGUUAUCAGCAAAUAACACUAAAAAACGAAACGCGAAAUUGCAUUUUUAAACAUGAUAUUUGUGUUGUAGCUGCGGUUCAGUAAAGCAUGGGUGGGAGAAAAAAUGGGUUGUUCUCGACGAUCAAGUGCUGCAUCUGUACGACAAGGAAAAUAUGGGAGGUGAGUCAACUUUUCUCUCCUUAACAUGGAUUACUAGUUGAAAAUAACUAUCGAGUUGACUUACCUUCUCGUCUUCGUUAACUGUUUAAUUUCAGAAAAAGCCUCUCCAUCUGAAGUGCUGCAUUUGUGCGGUAAAGACGGUCAUGUGACUGUUCAUUCUGCUGUCAUGUCAUCUGAGUUGAUGGGUACCGCCCCCUCCGAUCUGCCGUAUAUACUGAGGGUAGAGUCACGGCAGAGAUGCUGGCCUGUACAGAAUCUUUACCUACUAGCCCCUUCAUUCCCCGUCAAACAGAAAUGGGUCACCUCUCUUGAGUUUGUGCUGGAUGAAAUUAAGAAGAAAAAUGAUGAAGGCGAUGAUCAGGUUUGUAGAGGAUAUUUAAUAGCCACACGGACAUAAGAAAUUUCUCUUUGACAAUUUCGUAUCUCCAAACGGCCAUGUAAUUUUCUAUUUAUUAUACAAUCACCUUUAUUUGCUGCGAAAGGCAGGAUUAAUUAUGUAACCACAGCAAAGAUGAUUUUUCCCGUGUGAAGAUAUCAUGUUUUCGCGGGAAAGAUAACCUGGUAUUUCAUUCGUGUUUACAUAAUAGAAAUGGAUUUCUACCUUUUACUUUUUUUAAGCUUGACUUUCGGUUCCUCUUGGCGGUCAACUUUUGGGAGCGAUCCACACCCCCAAAAUAGGGUCUUGAAAUAACUGAGUAGAAUGUGCUGUCUUUUAUUCUUAUCUGCAAAUAGUUGGACACUCUAUGAUGAGGACGAAAACCGGUCGGCCCCGUUGCCCAGCACAUCCCUGAUCUGACUCUUUGACGUAACAAUCUCUGGCAAUGACCACGCCCAAUUCAAUGUCACGCAGUGUGCGUGAACGGGUAGGGGAGGAGUCAAAUGGGACUUGAGUCCCCUUCUUGCCCAUCCCCUCUGCGUAAGUCUUCGCCCAGUGAAGCUGAUUAAGAUGUUCAGAUGCGGUCGAUUUUUUCCCCAUUUACGUCCGGCUCAUUGAACCCGCAGCAUGCUAUGAAACGGAAAGCCAAAUUACGGUUUCUGAUCAUGACAUAAAGCAACUUGUUACUUUCGGGGCCUGUUAGAAACAGCCAGCAGCACAGCAAGCUUUGGUAGAACCAGUCCAAGAGGAAGAAUUCUCACAAAUACCAGCAAAUUUGUCAAAGUCAUUGCAGGUGUUGACUGCGAUCUUGGAAUCCUUGCAACUUUGACAAGGGCAUGAAUGUUGUUGAGUCUGACAAGCUUCAUUUUUGGCUUUAAGGUAUCAUCCACCCUCAAGCACCCUCCUUGCGUUGAUCGGCACUAGCGCAUUUUGCAUUUUGCAUCUAAGUCCAUUUUGCAUCUGGUUGUAGCAAAGCUCUUUUAGGGCUGAGAGGUAGAAAUAGGUAAUCUCCCACUAACUUUCACGCCCCGCUGAAAGGGAACGCUAUUUACACAGGUUUUUCUGUUUGUUUUUCAACUCGAAAUGGCUGCGCGACCUAAGAAUAAUACCCUCAAUAUCUACGUGCAAGCCUCUUGCCUUACUUCGCAACGAAUAAUUAACCUUCCCCUUCUUUUGAAGCGAAGUAAAGAGUCAAUUUUUUGUCAUGGCAUUUCUUUAACUCUGAUGGCCGUUGCAAUGGCUAAUCUACCCUGCUUGUUUCACAGAAACUAAUGGGUAAUGUGCUGCUACAUUUGGAGGAAGGAGAACGCCUCGACAUCAAUUGCACACAACUGCUGAAUAACGAGGUAAGAAUGAAGAAGACUCAUGAACACGCUAGACAGUAAUCUUCUCUAAAUACCACAGAUAAAACCCAUUCUUGUGUUAAUUUUAGAGGAAGAAAGGGCCGAGCUUAACCAACCCGUCGGGUAAUGUUCAGCUAUAAUUGUUCACGAGAUUUUAUGAAGAGGGUCCGUAUCAUUAGCAGUGUGCCUCUGUCUUACACCGCCCCCCCCACCCCCCUUAGCACCCCCCCCCCCAACCCCCAUUGUUACUUCCUUUAUAUUUUGUAUCAGGUAACAACGGUUUGUAUUUUCAGUUGGUUCUUUUGGGAGCAGAAGAAGGCCUGUAUUCCAUGUCUCUUGAAAAACCUGGAAGAAGUUCUCCUCGUGCUCUGCCUGGAAUAGACAGAGCUUUUCAACUUGAUAUCAUCAGUGACCUGAAUCUCCUCAUCAUGAUAGCAGGUACUAUAUACUUGUAUGCCACCCGUACUUAUAAGCCCCCCCCCUCCUCCGCCGCCGCCGGUUAACAAAAAAAUACAUCCGUUUAUAAGCACUUCUCUAGCUUGUAUUGAAAUGAAUUAUAUAUUUUACGACGUUUUGAGACUAAAAAAAAGCGAGUAACUUUAAAAAGUGUUAUAAAAAAGCACUGCUAUGUAGCUUGUUUUAAAAACGCUUUUUUAGUCCGGAUUUACUUAAACACGUUCAACUAUGCACUCAUCUUUUAUGCAGUUGUGAAAAUCUCGUAAAUUUUCGAAGGAUUUCGUCCAUUUAACGCAGCCAAAAACGCGGUUUGAAAACGACGGCCCGAAUAUUUCAAGAUUCACCCCAGGGUGCAAAGAAAGUCAGUUUUACUGCUUGCCAUUCGGGCAAGCUGUAGUUAUAGCGUGUACUAGUCCAAAAAAAAUAUUUUGAAGAGCAGGAUUGAUAACAGCCCUUCUUAAUUUGAAUGCCAUUAAAAGCUUCCCUCGCCAGUUGGGAAAGUUAAGAACGGAAUUCACUUGCCUGCUAGCAAAAUCUGCUAGUCCCGGUUUUAAUGGGACACCGUUUUCUUUGCACGCUGAUACAGCCUAUCUCCUUUUAACCUGUUAUUUUUCAUUUACUAUUUUGGAUAUUUCCUGAAAGUCCAUUCCACCGGGAGGUGGAUUCCAUUUUUGAAAUCAGCCGUACAUUUGCUGGACGUACUAAUGUUGGUGACGCCACAGUAAAGGGUUUUUAAGCCUAAGUGACGAUUACGUUAGCCUACUUUGCAGCCGACCCUACGUCUUCAGGAGUUAAUUCGUAUACUAAAGACAAAGUACGUAGAUGUUGACCAGUGAAUGGAUUCGAUGGUUUUUUUUGUCUUUAAGGUAAAGAUCGUCAGUUAUGUAGUCUGGAGCUUAAACAGAUCAUGAGCCGGGCACGUCAGACAAACUCCGCGGUGCCACUGAAUCCUCUCGCUUCACAAGCAAUCGAAAAAAUUACUAACUGCCAUUUGUUUGCUGUUGGACAGGUUUGUAGAAAAUUUUAUACGACCUUUUUAUUCACUAGCGCCGUCAAUAAAAAAGUUUCUAUUUGAAAUCGCAUUAAAAAUGGUUGUUUGUCAGAAACACAAAACUGUUUGUUUUACACUGAGGGCAAGCUCUAUGGGUUCUUACAGUAAAGGGUUGUUAAAACUCAAAUUUAACAAAUAAAUUAACGAAUGACUGUUUAAAGGUAGCACUUCCACGUAUUGGUUGUUCGUCUACCAUUCCUGGUCAGAUUGGAAUUUGGAAGUGUUGGUUUUUAAGGAGAGGGGAAAACCGGUGUACCUGGAGAAAAACCUCUCGGAGCCGCUGAGGGAGAGAACCAACAACAAACUCAACCGUGGCGUCGACGCCAGGAUUUGAACCCAGCCACAUUGUAACGCGCGUGUUUUCUUUUACAGUGUGAGGGUAAUUAUUACAUUUGUGCAGCCACUCCCAACAGUAUUCUGUUAUUGCGGUACAACGCAGGCAUCGGAACAUUUUGUACUCGCAAGGUAAGCGUUCUGUUCGCUCACUUUUGUUCAUGUCCCAUUUUUUUGCCUCAUUAACAUAUGUUUAUCAUUAUCUGGUGAAGGUGAUAAAAUAAAACCUCUGAAUAUUGGAAGAGCAUAACAAUUUCAGUUAUCUCUGAAAAAUUGAGCCCGAUAAACCGAUUUUUUCGAAUAAAUUCUCUUUUAUAAACUCGAAAUUUUUCAGAGAAUGUAUGGCUCGUUUUUUGCCACCCAGCAUUUUCGCAGUUUUUUUAUGGCUGAUAUUUCCUUCAAUAUUGCUUGCAAAGGGGUGAAAAUUGCGGCCACGGCUUCUAUGAGUUAAACAAUGACGUCAGCAGAUAUUCGCCUAUUUUUUCGCAGGAGAUUGAGACCAGCGAGCCUUGCAAUUGCAUUCAUUUCAAUAACAGUCACGUGAUCUACGGUACUGGCAAGUUCUACACCCUUGACAUCAAGCAACACACUGUAAAAGGUUGGCUUAAUAUCUGUUUGUUUUGAAAGUUUUUUUAGCCUUAAUUUUGGUGUCGAGGUCGGCCUGUUCUUCGUUCUUUGGUGUAUUACUCGCAUCGAUUCACCAGCUGAACAAAAACUAGUUAAUCAGUAAAUAGUGUAACUUCUUUUCUCUUUUGCAGAAUUCCUGGACUCUAAGGACCCCUCCCUUGCGUUUGCUGUGUUUGGCGCCUCGCAACUAAACAUCUUUCCUAUUGCUGUGCUGGAUGUCACUAGCCGCGGCUCAAACAGUGAAGAAUUUCUGCUUUGCUUUAAUGGUAAGCCCGUAGGAUAAAGCGAUGCCUGUACGCAUCUGAGGGUAGCCUGCGUCAUAAAGGGACAGACCUUUCCUAGUCCCCAGGCCACGUUAUUCCUCGCGGCCUAUGCUUUUCUGAGACGUUGCAGAGCGACGUCUCCGCUACGUCACCGAAAUGCAUUGACUGAGAAGGCCUGAUAAGUUGCUUUCACAGGAACAAUGGCGAAGGUGGGGAAUUUUCGAGCAGCAUCAAUUUUAUUCGUUGGCAUUUCCCUUAUCAUUUCAUUUAAGUUUUCCGUGCAUGUUUAUCUAGUAGAUUUGUUAAAACGAUUCUAACGAAAUUUGCAACCAUUUGAGUGAAAAAGGACCAAAAGGCAGGUUUUUUGCGUCCGAUAAGCUCGACAAUCACACCAGAUAGAGCGAGGAGAAAGAAAGGAGGAGAAGGGAAAGAAAAUAGUGGUUGCCCUCUUAGUUGUUAUUUUAUAAAAACCGCUUGACGGAAGAGGUGGAAGUUUAUUUGGUGGUAACGUUUUGAAAAAUCCGCUUUUUCGCUCCCUCCCCGAUAACUUUUCCAAUUUACCAUUUGCACAUAUCCCGUAAUACACCUUGUUUGUCCCCCAAAAUUUUGCAUAACCUUUGUUUUUUAUUCCUCCUGGGUAUUACACUCUUCUCAAGACAAAUUAAAGACAAUAAUUACACAAAAUUUUAGGGGGCAAACAAGGUGUUUUAUGGGAGAUAUGCAAAUGACGAAUAGUCCGUUACCUGGCCCCUGCCCUAGGAUGGCUGCUUAAGGAAGGUUUGAAUGGUUGUCUUAAUGAUUCACUGAGUUUGGUGGCAGAUGAAUUUCAUGACAGCUUUAAUUCUCACCAACUACUCUUCGUUCUCUUGUGCUUUUUUAGAGUUCGGAGUGUUUGUAAACAGCGCUGGACGUCAUAGCAGGCAAAAGCCUCUGAUGUGGAGCAGACUUCCGCUUGCGUUUGGUGAGUAUUUAUAUGUUCCAUCCUGCGCCAGAACGUUUAUACUUUUAUUCUCUUUUAAUAAUAUAUAUUUUUUGUUUCUUCCUUUUAGCCUACAGUGAACCCUUCCUCUUUGUCACACAUUUUAACUCGAUUGACGUCUGUGAAAUACCACUCAGCAAUGCUGAGAAUCCUAGGUAAGAAUGACCGUAUUUAUACUUGAGGCCGUCGUAGACUUUAGGGAGAAUACGCCAUUUCCGAGUUCCUAAAAACUGUCACUUUUAUAAACGAGGCUAAGUGCAAAACCUAUCAGCGGAUUCGCGCUUAACCUCGCUUUGAAACAGAGGCUUGGGUGAACUCGGAAAUGGCCUAUUGAACAUCUGGCCGGCUUAAAGUCUCUUCAUGUCGAUCAAGCGCACUUCAGGCCCCAGUUGUUCAAAAGGUGGAUAACACCGCAAUUGGUCCCCUAAAUGCUCGCACUACAUUAUUACUGACACUACAUAAUACUCCCUGGAUACUGAUUUAUCCGGUGGAUCGCGCUAUCCAUCCUUUCAACAAACGGGGUUAAAUGUUUGAUUUAGCGUCACGAUGCCGUCUGUUAAUCCCUGUCCUUACUUGCGAUGAGCAUCAGGUGGAUUUCACAUGCUAUCUGUUAGUUAUCUGUGUAUGCUUAUGUUGUGGCUGGUUUCAAGUUUGUCGUUUUAUAUUCAUUUUUUGCAGUCGUUAUGCACACAAAUUUCUGGAAAUUCGGAAUCCACGUGUUCUUGGUCCAGCAGUAUCUCCAGGGGCAGUUUACCUCGCUUCCACGUUACAGGAGCAAGUAGAAAUGCUUUGUUUCCAGGGAACGUCUGCUCUUGCGAGCGUCUUCCAAUUCCAACCCGAGGAUGACGACGACAACAUGUCGAUCAUCUCCGAGCUAUCCCGAUUGUCAAGCCCGAGUCGCCGAUCAUCUCCGGCUUUGGCUCGUUCACCUUCUUGGAGUCCUGGAACUGCCAAAGUGAAGUCGCUCAGAGAAGGAAGCCUGAAAAAGAGCAGUUCUUUUCGAACUGUAAUGCCGCUGAGAGAAGAAAAUAUGUAAAUGAUCAUGAUCAAUUGCAAAACAAAUAGAGUGACUUUUGAAUUAGCUGGGAAAGAACGGUCGCUUUAGGAAAACCUUGCGCGUUUUCUGCUAAAAAUGUCAAAGACAUGGAUGUCCUUGUCCUACUCGUCUAAGCCUGUUUCAUCCUCCAAUAGUAAUGUGCAGAGAUCGUGAACAAUGAUGCAAAAACGCGC